AUGGGAGUCGUAACAAUUACAACCAAACAGGAUUUCGACGACAAAUUAGUUGCGGCCGGCGACAAACUAGUGGUGGUGGAUUUCACCGCGGGUUGGUGUGGCCCCUGUCGUAUAAUUGCCCCGAAGUUCCAAAGUAUUGCAGAAGAAAAUCCCGAUGUUGACUUCUUGAAAGUUGACGUUGACGCAAACCAGGAUUUGGCCGACGAAUAUAAAGUUCAGGGCGUCCCAACUUUUAUUUUCAUCAGGAAUGGGAAAAAACUUGAAUCGUUCUCUGGCGCCAAUGAGGCAAAACUAAAGGAAAACGUGUUGAAAUUGAAAUAA